AUGCAUAAAAUCAUUAAAAAUCUGAUAGCAAAUAAAAGCGGUCAAGUAUUGGGACAUGCAGUAGAUCAGAUCAAGAAGGAGCAGGAGAAGCGGGGAGAGCAGAGUCAAGAGCAAGCGAGAGGUGGCAGAAGCCCAGAGGUGCCAGGGGUCACGACAGCAGACAUACUGCUGGCCGGUCCAUCUGGUGAUGAGAGUGGGGCAGCGACCCAGAACCCAAACAUAGGCACAACAAGCUCAGGACAAAUCAACGUGAACAACUGCACAAGACUUCGGGGACUCACUCAUACGGGAGAAACUUGGAGCAGAAACUCAAUUCCAUCUCCUACUCAGCUCACCUUCUUCCCAAUAUUUUCAGAGAACCAGCCACCGGUUACCCCUCAUCAUCACAUCGUCUCACUCCUGCCUUACUUAGAACGGCAAAGGUCGCCAUCAGACUCAGAAGGAACCAGAAGCCCCACAUACACAUUCUACCCAGACCAACCUUCUCCAAGUCGAAACAAGGGACCAAUCAAACAACUCACCUUUGCGCUGCGAGCAGCCCACUUCAUGCCCAAACGAGACGAAAGCACACCAUCUUCUCCUACCACAGCAUCAUCACUUACCACCACCAGACCAACCCCUACACCAUACACCACCAACGUAGCACUACCAGUCAUGUCUAGCCGUGAACAACCAUGGGCAGUCACACUCUUCCGAGGAGAUUAUGGAGACAGAGAAGAACCAACGGAAUGGUUCGUGCAGUUUGAAUUGUCACUGCCAGAAUCCUGGACAGAUACGCAGAAAAUAGACCACUUUAUAAUGCAGCUAGUGCCGGGACAGAUGGCAGAAGAGUGGUAUCAGAGCCUCAAAUCCUUGCAAACCAACACAUUCACAAUUCUCAAGAGCACAUUUAGGAAACGCUGGCCGCCCCCGAAGCAACCCAAAUAUUCUCACGCACAGCAGAAAGAAUGA